UCCUCUCCUGCCAGACCAAUCCGAUAUAAGCCGCCUCAUUAUUGCUGCGUGGCCAUCGUCAUCGGAGGCGACUCUUCGGUUCUCUACAUUUUCUCUCCUCUUUCUUCGCCGAUUGUUUUUCCCUCUGCUUUUCCGUUCAAAAAAAAUCUGAAGAAAUGGCCAAUGCAGCGUCUGGUAUGGCUGUGCAUGAUGACUGCAAGUUAAAGUUUCUGGAGCUCAAGGCAAAAAGAACUCAUAGAUUCAUAGUUUUCAAGAUUGAGGAGAAACAGAAGCAAGUUAUUGUGGAGAAGCUUGGUGAGCCAACUCAGAGCUAUGAGGAUUUCACCGCAGCCCUUCCAGCUGAUGAAUGCCGUUAUGCUGUCUAUGAUUUUGAUUUUCUGACCCCAGAGAAUGUUCAGAAAAGCAGGAUCUUCUUUAUCGCAUGGUCCCCUGAUACAUCAAGGGUCAGAAGCAAGAUGAUCUAUGCAAGCUCAAAAGACAGAUUUAAGAGAGAACUUGAUGGAAUUCAGGUAGAGUUGCAAGCAACUGAUCCAACUGAGAUGGGUCUUGAUGUCUUUAGAAGCCGUGCCAACUGAAUUCGAAUGGCCUUGCAAUGAGAAUGUUCCUCUGUUCAAUCUUCUUUACUCGAGUGAAAUGUUUAUAUUUUGUGGGAUGGCGAACUUGGUUACCAUGUUAUCAGUUUCCGAGUUCUUCCAUUAAAGUCUUUUAUUCAUCUUGCAUAUGCAUCUCUGGUUUCUGGUAUAUCUUGUGAGUUGUUAUUUAUAGAACCUAUGUGUUUUAAUAUCUUGUAGCAUGUUCUCUACAAGCUCAUAUAUAACUGUUUGUGAGAGGUUAUUAGUUUCACCUUUAGUUCGUUUUGAAAAUUUAAAUAUUUGACCCUUGUUAUUUUACUUUGUAAUAUUCAAGGGGGCAAGCUUUUAUAA